UGAGAGAACGUGUGCGGGCAUUUCGGUCAGACGUGCAUCCAGAGUGAAGCCAGAAGGACUAAGCGGUACCUGGACUAUAAGCGUUUCCACUUUCUCGUCUUCUCGCUGAUUGCCCUUGGAGGAAGACGGCCUUGAGGAUGACGGCGCACAGUUCCCGGACAUGGCACGGCCUCCAGCUGGCCGCUUCACUCGCAGUGGCCACUUUAACGAUGGCGCUGGUCUUCACCGAUUCCGCGAGCGCUGGACGGCCGGUGCAUCCUUACCCACAUCUUUCCCGAAGAGGUCGUGAGCUGGAGUACUUUCCCGGCGUGGGCCUGGUGGAACCGCUGGGCCUCCUGGCAGUGGCCUCCCUGCCGCUGUUCGUGCUCUUUUCGGUCAUGUGGCUCGUGUUCCCACUGUGGUUCAAGUUCCAUCACUUCGGACUCUACGGGCACGGUCUGGUGCCUGGGAUUCUGCCAGGAGCCGCGGCCGCCGGGGUGCCGGCGGCCGGAAGGCGCAGGAGGAGGGACCUGCUUGAGCGGAAGAGUGGCGGCGAGAGUCUCACCGAGGUGGCCGCACGCGUAGUCAAGGCGCUGCGCGACGGACUCGACAAGUACACGUAACCCCGAAUAACCGGGAAGCGGUGAUUUGAGCCUGGAGAUUGAUUCGCUUUAGUGGUUCUGGGAAGGUUCUGUGGUACUCAUCAUUUCGAUGAGUACCAAGAACGACGCUUUCUUCGCCGCAGCGCACGCGGCCAGCAUUUGCCGAAGCACUUGUUCUGAAUAGCGUUAAGGCCAGAGGGGUGACCAGAGAUGAAAGGAAGCACACAUUUUUCCAUCUCGGCAAAGCCCAUAACAGAAAUUCAGUUUUACCAAUAUUUUUCAGAAACAACACUAAUGCGGCUGGCGCUCAUGCAGAUUUAAAAGCCAGAGUGGCGCGAAGCAUUAAAUAUUAGAUAUGAAAAAAAAAUUACGCUCGCGCUCUCGCGCACACGGAAGAAUAAGGUGCAGUAGCAGGCACCACGAGCGCUCGAUAUCAACGUGCAGAACGAAAACGCCGGGACUGGUCUCCAUGGAAAAAUCGGUAAAUGAGGACGCGCAAUGAGAGUACGCCAAAUGUGGCUGUAAGUUACCAUUUACGGUCGCACGAUGAGCGAUAUUAACUCUGUGACAAGCGUUGGGCUCCAACAAAUUCUCUAGGCUGUUCUGUGGUCUUUUAUGCUCCAUGCUUACGCUGCGCUUCUUCAAUGUUACACCCUGAUUCAGCAGUGACAGCUUCCAAGUAUGCUGCAGACAAUUCUUUCGUGUUACGAUGCAACUUUGGAGGAGAUGUAUAAUCUGUUAUUUUACAAACUGCCUUGGUGUAGUGGUUAGGAGACCUGACUUGCAAGUGGAAAUAUAUAUGCAUCUUCCAUUGCAGUUGUACUCGAUUGAGCACAAAAGUGAAGUCGAUAACAAGAAUGUGUAUCGCACAGCAACACUCUACUUCCUGAUAAAUGACUUCGCCUAAAGAAAGUAACGUUCGAGGUUUGCGAGAAAUUGCUCUUCUUGCCGUACAUUUUACACCCAACAACGCUUACAAACAACUUGCUAUUCUGCUUGCGAAACCGAUCAUUUGCUUAUUCUUUCCUUUGGAGUUU